UAUUUUCUGAACGCACACUUUGUUCAUUCACAAUCUAUGACUAUGACAUUCUAUAUUCUAUGAUAUUUGGGUUGUCAACUGUAACCUCACUCUCGAGCGAUUCUCUUUUCUUGUGAGUUCGAAAGACAACGACAAAAUGUCGGCUCAUAAGACUUUUAUCAUAAAGAGGAAAUUGGCUAAAAAGCUGAAACAAAACAGGCCUAUUCCCCAAUGGGUCCGCAUGAGGACAGGAAAUACAAUUAGAUACAAUGCUAAGAGGCGUCACUGGCGUAGAACCAAGCUUAAGUUGUAAUCUGUAACAACAACCCUUAUAAUGAUUAAAGUUUUCAUGUAAAUUA